UCCCCACCACCCGCAAAACCGCUGGCCCUAAAUCCCUUCUCUCUCUCUCUCUCUCUCUCUCACUUUCUCUUCUCUCAGUUUUAUUUUUGGCUUUUGAAAAAAAGCUAAAAGAAACACCAAGGAAGAAUCACAAACCCUAGAAAUUACGCAGAAAAAGAGGGUUUUCCGAUCCAAAAUGACGCAAUAGCCCUCCCCUCUGCUUUGAAUUGCACACCUUUUGAGUUUGUUCGGGUUAUUUCUCUCGCUGGUUAAGGUAAGGGCCGAGGAGGUCCAGAUAUAUUUCAUUUUCACGUCUGAUCCGGAGUGUGUCUGUUUGGUUGCCGAGAAAGUUGAGGCAUCAAAAUAACAAGUUUAUUUGCUUGGAGGAACGAAGCGGCAAAAUGGUUCUUGAUUUAUUUACAAGUUUUUGUUUUGGUUUAUGACGUGAAAUUUGCUUGGUUUCUCACUUGUGCCUUGAUUGCUAACCCUUCGCUCUGACUGAAUUGUCAUCAUGGUCGCCACUGCUGCUACUUCAUCGAUCUUUCCAAUUCCUUCUCCAAACCAAGACUCUGGUGCCAAAAAUGCGAAGCUUGGAACUGGGUCUGCUGGUUUAGGACUCAAAUCGAAAUCUGCAUCGGGCAGUUUGCAGGUAAAGGCAAAUGCUCAAGCCCCUUCAAAGAUAAAUGGCGCUAGCGUUGGUUUGGCAACUGUUGAAAGUGGGAAGAAUGGGGAUGACAUGUCAUCCCCUCCUGCACGGACUUUCAUUAACCAAUUACCUGAUUGGAGUGUGCUCCUUGCUGCUAUUACCACAAUCUUCUUGGCUGCAGAGAAGCAAUGGACGAUGCUUGAUUGGAAACCCAAGCGGCCUGACAUGCUUAUUGACCCAUUUGGUUUAGGAAGAAUUGUUCAGGAUGGUCUUGUCUUCCGCCAAAACUUCUCAAUUAGAUCAUAUGAAAUAGGUGCUGAUCGUACGGCUUCAAUAGAGACGUUAAUGAAUCAUUUACAGGAAACAGCACUUAAUCAUGUUAAGACUGCUGGGCUUUUGGGAGAUGGCUUUGGUUCAACACCAGAGAUGUCAGUAAGGAACCUGAUAUGGGUGGUAACUAAAAUGCAGGUUGUAGUAGACCGCUAUCCUACUUGGGGUGACGUUGUUCAAGUUGACACUUGGGUUAGUGCCUCUGGGAAGAAUGGUAUGCGUCGUGAUUGGAUCCUCCAGGAUUGCAAAACUGGCCAAAUUUUAACAAGAGCCACUAGUGUGUGGGUGAUGAUGAAUAAGCUGACGAGGAGAUUAUCCAAAAUUCCUGAUGAAGUUCGAGGUGAAAUAGAGCCUUUUUUUAUGAAUUCUCCUCCUGUUGUGGAGGAGGACAGCAGGAAACUGCUGAAACUUGACGACAAGACAGCGGGCUUUGUUCGCGCUGGUUUAACUCCUAGGUGGGGUGAUUUAGAUAUCAACCAGCAUGUUAAUAAUGUGAAGUACAUUGGCUGGAUCCUUGAGAGUGCUCCCUUGCCAAUCUUGGAGAGUCACGAGCUUUCUUCUUUGACUCUGGAGUAUAGAAGGGAGUGCGGGCGGGACAGUGUGCUUCAGUCCCUGACUGCAGUCUCAGGUGCUGAUAUCGGCAAUUUGGGAAGCAAUGGCGGCGUUGAGUGCCAGCACUUGCUCCGACUUGAGGAAGGAGCUGAGAUUGUAAGGGGAAGGACUGAGUGGAGGCCCAAAUAUGCCAACAAUCUUGGGAUUGUGGGUCAGCUUCCGGCAGAAAGCGCUUAGCAAAAUAUUUGGGUUCUUUUAAGGCUGGAUGGAUCGUCACUAGUCACCUCGCCGUGUGCCCAUUGCUUCUGUAGAAUCCUGCUCGUGUUUCUCGGAUUUAUAUAUGUUUCUUCUUUCUAUAUAUAUAAUUUAUAUAUAUUCUCUCUCCCAUCUGUCAUCAUUCGAAAAAGAUAAAAUGUAGUCCCGUUGUAAUUAGCCGUUGUGUUCUCUCCUCUCUCUCUCUCUCUCCUCCGCCUCCUCGUGCCUCUAUUCUAUUGGUUUUGUGCCACUUGGAACCUUAGCUGUAGCUGUAACUGUAACUCCAGGUUAAUUGCCUUGGUUAAACUGGGCAAGACAAGACAAGACAUGUAUUUUUCUUUUUUUUUUUUGCCAUUUUUUCUAGUUAGAUAUGGGAAAUUUUUUUCAUUGGUUUGGUUCACAUUUGGAUCGUUUAAUACGGCUGAAACGUUAAUGAAUAAUGACAUCGGCUUGCACUGUUUUCUCUA